AUGGGGACCCCGUCGCCGAUGCCUCCACUCCUCCUGCUUUCGCUCAUCCUCGGCGCCCGACACGCCGCCGACGCCAGCACGGUCAGCACGGAGGUCAUCACGCCGGACUUCUCGGCGUCUUACCUCCUGUUCAUCGAUACCUACGGCGUGUUCCUCCGGUCAAGGAGCGGCGCCUUCGAGGCCGCCGUGUACAACCCGGCCGGGCAGCACGACCGGUACUACCUCGCCGUUCUCCACGCGCCGUCCAAGACCUGCGUCUGGGCCGCCAACCGCGCCGCGCCCAUCACCGACAACGCCACGCCGGUGCGCCUCACUUCCGCCGGGCUCGCCGCCGAGAACGCCAACGGCACGGCCGUCUGGUCCACUCCGACGUUCUCGUCCCCCGUGGCCGCGCUCCGCCUGGACGACUACGGCAACCUCGCGCUCCUCGACGCCGACAACGCCACGCUCUGGCAGUCCUUCGACCGCCCCACGGACUCGCUCGUGUCCUCGCAGAGCCUCCCCGCCGGCGGGUCCCUGGCGUCGGCGGCCUCAGCAUCGGACAUGGAUGAGGGCCCCUACCGCCUCAACGUCACCGCCGCCGACGCCGUGCUGUCGUGGUCGGGGUCCCUGUACUGGCGCCUCUCCAACGACGCCAUCUCCGUCAAGGACCGCGACGGCACGGUCGCGCACAUGACCGUGAACGGCACAGGGAUCUACCUCCUCGCGGCGGACGGCGCCGUCAUCAUUCGGGUCGCCAUGCCACCGGCCGAGCUUCGAAUCGUCCAGCUGGGCGUGGACGGGAAGCUGCGGAUCUCGAGCUUCGCGUCCGCGAACGCGUCGGCGUCGCCGAUGGAUGGCGGGAUCGUGACGCCGAGCAGGGGGUGCGACCUGCCGCUCUCGUGCGGCGCGCUCGGCCUCUGCACGCCCAACGGCAACGCCACCACCUGCACGUGCCCGCGGCUCUUCGCGACGUCGCACGACAACGGCUGCGCGCCGUCUGACGGCUCCUCGUCGCUGCCCGCCGGCUCCUGCGGCAGCGCUGGCGGUGCUGGUGGCAGCUUGGCGAUCUCGUAUCUCCCCCUUGGCAGUGGCAUUGCUUACUACGGCAACAAGUUCUCGCCGCCGGUAGUGGCCGGCUCCAACGCGUCGUCGUGCCAGAAACUCUGCACCGGCAACUGCUCCUGCCUCGGCUACUUCUACGACGACUCCUCGCGAUCUUGCUACCUCGCGCAGCACCAGCUUGGCUCUUUCAUAAGCACCAACGCCACCAGUGCCGCCGGCAUGUCCGGGUACAUCAAGGUCCAGAGCUCGCAGUCACCAAGUUCGUCGCCGGGCGACAGUUCGUCUUCCAACAAAACACUCAUCGCCAUCCUGCUGCCUACCGUCAUCGCGUUCGUGCUCAUCGUCGUCGUCGGCGCCAUCGUCAUCGUGUCGUGGCGCAAGAAGGAGCGGCGCGCGGGGAGGCGCCCCUCGGGGCCCAACAGGGACGUGCAGCUCAGGCGGCAGCCUCGCUCGCCGGGGUCUGCCUCGGCGCACCUCGUGCGCGACCUGGACAGCGAGGACGACGCCGACGAUUUCGUCAUCCCCGGCCUCCCGACCAGGUUCACGCAUCAGGAGAUUGAGGACAUGACCAACAGCUACCGUACCAAGAUCGGCGCUGGCGGGUUCGGCGCCGUGUACAAGGGCGAGCUCCCGGACGGGUCGCUGGUGGCCGUGAAGAGGAUCGAGGGCGUCGGGACGCAGGGGAAGCGCGAGUUCUGCACGGAGAUCGCCGUGAUCGGCAACAUCCACCACGUCAAUCUUGUCCGCCUCAGGGGAUUCUGCACCGAGGGCCAGCGCCGUCUCCUCGUGUACGAGUACAUGAACCGCGGCUCGCUCGACAGGCCCCUGUUCCGGCCAACGGGGCCUCUGCUCGAGUGGAAGGAGCGGGUGGACAUUGCCGUCGGCGCCGCGAGGGGCCUCGCCUACCUCCACUUCGGCUGCAACCAGAGGAUCAUCCACUGCGACGUGAAGCCGGAGAACAUCCUCCUCGCCGACGGCGGGCAGGUGAAGAUCGCUGACUUCGGGCUCGCCAAGUUCCUCACGCCUGAGCAGUCGGGCCUCUUCACGACGAUGCGGGGCACACGUGGGUACCUGGCGCCGGAGUGGCUCACCAACACGGCCAUCACCGACCGCACAGACGUAUACGGUUUCGGCAUGGUGCUCCUGGAGCUGGUGCAUGGCCGCAAGAACCGUAGCGAGCACGUGAGCGACGGCACCGGCGGCGGCGAUGACUCCAUUAUGAAUACCUCGAGCGGCGGCGGCGGCGGCACGGAGGGAGGCUCGUCGCGGAGCUCGAGGAACGACUACUUCCCGCUGGUGGCGCUGGAGGGGCACGAGGCGGGGCGGUACGCGGAGCUGGCCGACGCGCGGCUGGAGGGCCGGGUGGUGGCCAAGGAGGUGGAGAGGAUGGUGAAGGUGGCGCUUUGUUGCCUGCACGAGGACCCUCAGACGCGGCCGAGCAUGGCGGUGGUGGCCGGCAUGCUCGAGGGCACCAUGGAGCUGCGAGAGCCGCGCGCGCAGGCGCUCGGGUUCCUCCGGCUGUACGGCCGCGGGUUCGCCGGGCCGUCCGACGGGAAUAUCAUCAAGCAGGUAAUAGUGAGUGGCGCCGUGGCUGCUGAUCGCAUUCGGUCGGAGGCGACGAUGACGACGAUGAGCGGGUGGCCGUCGUACAUGUCGUCGACGCAGCUGUCCGAGCCGAGAUAG